UGUGUACAUACUACACGUGUGUGUGCAUGCGUGUGCAUGGGCAUGGGCGUACUUGUGGUCCCUGAGAUAUUUGGGAGUGACCCUGUGACGUGAGGUGUGGGCAGCCUGAACCCUGUGGGAGAGGCAGUGUUGUACGGAAGAUACGUGUGUGCUCAUUGGCAAAGGUGAACUCAGUGAGGCCGAGUGGGGGUCAGAGAGGGGCUGUGCAUGCAUAGGAUGUGAAAGAGAAGAGAACACGGGCGGGUUCAGGCACCUGCUGCUUGAGUGAGUCACACCCUGGAGGUUUGGGCUUUGUUUCUGGCAGUGUCCAUGGCUGCCUUUGUAGGGCUCAAGGUCUUCUGAGCUUGAGGAGGUUGAGGGCUAUGGCAGGACAUACUUACUCUUUUACUUGCUGGUACAAACUUCUGGCCACUCUGGGGGGUCACUUGAAAAGCUUUGGUGGGCGGGUCUGCUUCCAGAACUGUAGUAGGACUGCCCUUCACCCAGAAGGGUUUCUGGAAGGAUCACCUUGCCACCCCUGACAAUAACGUGCCUCUUGCUGAGCUAGCUCCCAAGACUGAUAUCUAGCCAAGCUGGAGAUUUCUGGUUGAGCAUUACCCAGUGCAGAACAAAGGAAGACAGACUAUAGGACUCAUUCUCGUGGAAGCCUCUGGGGCCUUAGGUAUAGGAGGGGCAUCGGAGGCAGGCCAGGCCCAGGGGCUUGGGGCUUGAGCCCCUAUUCCUGCUGCCCAUGUGUCUGUGCAGCAUGGAGGAGAGUAGGGACCCUAUAAAUGCUUGUUGCAUAAAGAGAGUGAACUUGGGGCACCCAAGAAGGAGGGGUCACCUAGGGCUGUGCUAAAGAAAAGCAUCCGGAAUGUUUCCUGCAGUCACGCCACUACAGAGUUUUUUGAGUCCCAGGUGUGUAUAGUUGCUGUGGGCUGAGAAUGACCUAGGACCCUGGAUAGGAGUUUGGGGUUCCCAGACGGGCUUCCCAAGGCCCUUCAGAGUGGGCCAGCCUGGUCCCCAUUUACCUCUCCUGGCUCAGGUGAGCCUCAGCGUGUCCACAGGUGUGGCGUGUCCACAGGUGUGACGUGUCCACUCACAUGGGCAUGCGUGAUUGCAUCCAGAGCAAAAUCUCGCAGUUAGGUUUCAUUCAUAUCCCGUUCAUUCUCAGGUCCUGGCCAGGUGACACGCACACACGCAGCACCAACCUGCAUACACCAAGCCAGUCCAUUACACGGGACCGCCAGGAAGGAGGCUAACUGCUAUCUCCUGAGGUCAGAUCCUCUUGGAGCAUGUCUGCUGAGUCCCUGAGUCACCACAGUGGCCCCAGAACGGGUGAAGGUGGUCCGUGGGCCUGUCCCUCCCAAGUGGUGUGAGGCAGAAUUGCUCUGGUCUUGUAUCUAGGAGCUCACCCAGCACUCUGAGACUGGCCAAGGUUGCAAGGCAGCUCUCUGGUGUGCAGCCAGUACUGCUGAUGGCUGACAGUUACUGGUUAACUCGUCCUGUUCCUGUUUAACUUGUGCCCUGGGGAUGGUGACGGCCUCUGACCUCCAGGUACCCUGUUCAUCUGGCUGAACAGACAGAAAGGAGUCCCUCUCAGCCUUCAGUGGACCCAUCUGCUUGGUUAAGGAGUCCCCGUGGAGCGAGGGGUGGAACCAGUGGACAGCCUGCCGUGAAGAGGCCCUGGACGAGCCAUGGCAGGUGUCUGUGACAGGGCCCCUAAUUUCCUCUCCCCAUCUGAAGACCAGACCUUGGGACCUGCCCUUGGCAGUGCAGUUGCUUUGAAUUGCACAGGUUGGGUGGACUCUGGGCCUCAGUGUCCCCAGCCCUCAGUACAGUGGCUAAAAGAUGGUCUGACAUUGGGCAAUGGAAGUCACUUCAGCCUCCAUCAGGACUUUUGGGUCAGCGCCAACUUCUCAGGGGUCGUGUCCAGUGUUCUGGUGCUCAACUUGACCAAUGCUGAGGACUACGGGACCUUCACCUGCUCUGUCUGGAAUGUCAGCUCCCAUUCCUUCAUCCUUUGGCGAGCUGGCCCUGCUGGCCAUGUGGCUGCAGUGAUGGCUGCCCUCCUUGUCCUGCUGGGUCUGCUGCUGGUGGCCCUGCUCUAUGUUAAGUGUCGCCUGAACGUGCUGCUUUGGUACCAAGACAUCUAUGGGGAGGUGGAGAUGAACGAUGGGAAGUUAUACGAUGCCUACGUGUCCUAUAGCGACUGCCCGGAGGACCGCAAAUUUGUGAAUUUCAUUCUGAAGCCUCAGUUGGAGCGGCGUCGGGGAUACAAGCUCUUCCUGGACGACCGCGAUCUCUUGCCGCGAGCGGAGCCCUCUGCCGACCUCUUGGUGAACCUGAGCCGUUGUCGGCGCCUCAUCGUGGUUCUUUCAGACGCCUUCCUGGGCCGGGCCUGGUGUAGCCAGAGCUUCCGGGAGGGACUGUGCCGCCUACUGGAGCUCACGCGCAGACCUAUCUUCAUCACCUUCGAGGCCCAGAGGCGUGAGCCUCUCCAUCCUGCUCUUCGUCUCCUGCGACAGCAUCGCCACCUCGUGACCCUGCUGCUUUGGAAGCCUGGCUCCGUGACGCCUUCCUCUGAUUUUUGGAAAGAGCUGCAGCUGGCACUGCCACGGAAGAUGCAGUACAGGCCGGUGGAGGGAGACCCCCAAACCCGACUACAGGAUGACAAAGAUCCCAUGUUAAUCGUGAGAGGUCGUGCUGCGCAGGGCCGGGCCGUGGAGUCAGAGCUGGAUCCGGAUCCUGAGGGAGACUUGGGUGUCCGUGGACCUGUCUUUGGGGAGCCACCUGCUCCACUGCAUGAAAGCAGGGUCGCCAUAGGAGAGGGCCAUGGCAGUGAAAUGGAUGUCUCUGACCUUGGCUCUCGAAACUACAGCGCUCGAACGGACUUCUACUGCCUGGUGUCUGAGGAUGAUGUGUAGCCCUUAUCAUAGCAGCUCAGAUCAUGGGAUCAAGGCGGCAGCUCUCAGGGUAGAGACAGGCACCCUCUCUCUCUCGGACACAACCCUUGCCUGCAUCCCUGCGCCUCUCAGGGAAGGAGUGUGACUCCGGGGUGUCACAAAAUAAAAUUCUCUUGGCUCUUG